UCGAAACCCUUAUAAAACGCGGAGACAUGGAAAUAGCCCGGCCAUCUUAUUUCUCUGGAAGAAAAAUAAAGAGUAGCCCUUCCGAUAUGAAAGCCGCCACCGUAUUGGCAGUUGCCGUGAUUCUCUUCAUUUCAACCGGCUCGGGCCAAGUCGUGCCCAUCGCUCCUCGCUAUCAUUUGCACAUUCUCAACGGAUUGAGCCCCGACAAAAUCUUGCUCGUUCACUGCCAGUCUAAAAAUAAUGAUCUUGGCGUCCAUAAUAUUCCGGUGAACUCGGAAUUUGAUUGGAGUUUUAGAACGAAUGCUUGGGGCACUACGCUUUUCUGGUGUUACUUAGCCCCGGAUGACCACUCUCAUGCAGACUUCAACGCGUUCCAGGAUAAAGAAAAAAUCACUGACAGUUGCGACGGUAAUGGCAAUUGUUGCUGGAUUGCUAAAGAUGAUGGAGUUUAUCUGAGGGAUUUUCCGAAGAACAGUACUGAUGAUCUCAAAUAUCAUUGGGUAGCGGGAACCUGAUCAUGGAUUAUUCUCCUGUUACUCUCUUUUUUUUAUUGCUUCUGAUAAAUAAUAAAUAACAAAGAUGUUUUUAAAGCAUUCUAAGUUAUUUUUAGAUGAUGAUAAUCAUCAUGAUUUAUUCGGAUUUAUUCAAGAUGAAGUUUUUUUAUCAAGCAUAAUCGAUCACAAGGAUUCUAUUUCUCCCA